AUGGUGGGGAACAUGGUCCAAGGAACCAUCUUCCCAGCUCCAAAUUUCAACCCGGUGAUGGAUGCCCAACUGCUAGGGGGAGCACUACAAGGAUUUGAGUGCAACAAAGACAUGCUGAUCGACAUCCUAACAAAACGCAGCAAUGCACAGAGGCAGAUGAUAGCUGGAGCCUACCAGAGCAUGUAUGGCAGGGACCUGAUUGCAGAUCUGAAGGAGCAACUUUCAUCUCACUUCAAAGAAGUGAUGGUGGGCCUGAUGUACCCCCCACCAUCUUAUGAUGCUCAUGAACUCUGGCAUGCCAUGAAGGGUGCAGGCACUGAUGAGAAUUGCCUCAUUGAAAUAUUAGCUUCGAGAACAAAUGCAGAGAUUUUCCAGAUGCGAGAAGCCUAUUGUUUACAAUACAGCAAUAACCUUCAAGAGGACAUUUAUUCAGAGACCUCGGGACACUUCAGAGAUACUCUCAUGAACUUGGUUCAGGGAACCAGAGAGGAAGGAUAUGCAGAUCCUGCGAUGGCUGCUCAGGAUGCGAUGGUCCUGUGGGAAGCCUGCCAGCAGAAGACAGGGGAGCAUAAAACCAUGUUGCAGAUGAUACUGUGCAACAAGAGCUACCCACAGCUCUGGCUGGUUUUUCAGGAAUUUCAAAACAUCUCUGGCCAAGACAUGGUAGAUGCCAUCAAUGACUGUUAUGAAGGCUACUUUCAGGAGCUGCUGGUUGCAAUUGUUCGCUGUGUCCAAGACAAAGCAAGCUAUUUUGCUUAUAAAUUAUACAGAGCAAUCCAUGACUUUGGCUUUCAUAACAAAACUGUCAUCAGGAUUCUAAUAGCCAGAAGUGAAAUCGACCUGAUGACCAUAAGGAAACGUUACAAGGAGAGAUUUGGAAAAUCCCUGUUUCAUGAUAUCAAAAAUUUUGCUUCCGGACACUAUGAGAAAGCAUUGCUUGCUAUCUGUGCUGGUGAUGUGGAAGACUAUUAAAAUUAGCGAAGGAGGGAAGCUUUAAAAGUCUGGCAACCCUCUUUACAGACACCUCAGAUAUAGACAGUGGAAUCUGUGCUGUUAUCAACACUGAAACAAAACUCUAGAAUCAUAUUACUCUUCUAUCUCUAAAAUUAUUCUGAGACAAAAAUAUCUACUUUUGCAAAUAUAUAAUCCUG